AUGACAGAGUUUGAAAAGAACCUCCGUCAGGACACGAUUUAUCAGCUGCAUAAUUCUGCUGCUAUUGGAGAUACAGCUGAACUGAAAGCAUUGCUUGGUCAUUCUCCAUCACUUACUAAUGUUGCUGCAGAAAACAGUUGGAUAGCCCUAAAAUAUGGUGCCAGAAAUGGACACUUUGAGGUUGUAUAGAUUCUUCUUGAAGAAGGGUAAGCUUGUGGCAGGUCCAUUAUUAAUAAAUCUAAGAAAACGGCAGACAUUGCUAAAUUUGGGGGUUACAACCACAUAGCUAAUUUGUAGGCUAUUGUGAAGGGAAGAUAGGGACCUAAUUUUCUGUCAAAUGAAGUGAAAGGAAAUAAAAAUUAUUUUGGCUUGACACUUCUGGACAGAAGGUGUGAUAAAAGAAAGGAUUCCAAGUAGCUAAGCAAAAAACAAAGACACCCAACUACAGUAUACAUCCACUUCUCAAAUCUAAGUCGUUUGGUUACUUUGUCUGGAGGAACAGAGAGCUCCCAGCAGCCAGAAGUAAAGCUCUGCAGGCUGUACCACAACUAUGUGGAGCAGUGCCUGAAGCAAACUGGAGAAAGCACCUUGAUUUUUCUUGGGCUUGAAUCUGAGUUCUACAUGAACCCAUUGGCUGCUCACAAUGGAGGAGUUCUGCAAGAUGAUGAAGGGUGCGUGCUAGUUGUUUGGUUUGCUCUUAGUGUAGGUUCUGCUGAGAAAUUUAAACAGAGGUAAGAGGAUUACUUUCUUGACCCACCAAUGCUGGCACUACUGCAGCUACCUGAAAAAGAAGCUGUAGUAGUAUCUCAGGCUAGAUCUGUUCUAGCAGAGAUGCACAGUCGUUACCUAUUCUGCCCAACAGGUGGGAGUGCAACCAAGAUUCAGGAAGGGGGUUACAAGAAAACUUGCUUAAAAGAAGGUUGUCGCAGUCUCCAAGGUGCUCACAACACAUCAUAUCCAAGAGCUGAUCCUGUUCUGAUAAUGCAAGUCAUCCAUCGAGACAGGAACCAGUGUCUUUUAGGUGGGCAUAAGCUUAGCUGUCUUACUGGCUUUGUAGAACCUGGUGAAACAUGCUGUAUAAGAGAAGCAGAAGAGGAGGCUGGAGUCAGAGUUGGCCAUGUUCAGUACGUCUCUUGUCAGCCAUGGCCGAUGCCUUCCUCCCUAAUGAUUGGCUGCUUAGGUGUUGCAGUGUCUGCAGAAAUUGAAGCUGACAAGAAUGAAAGAGAGGAUGCCUGCUGGUUCACUAAAGAAGAGAUUGUGAAAGUUCUCAUUAAAGGAAACCUGUGUGCUUUCUUUGUACCACCAAGUCGAGUUAUUGCAUAUCACUUGAGAGAAUACUGAACUGGAAUGAAUGCUAAUCUCUCAUUUCUAUAA